AUGGAUGAAGCAGAAAAUGAAAAUGUAACAAAAAAUGAUGGUGUUAUGAACAAUCAUGAACAACACCGACACACCUCUAACACACCGAAAAAUGGGUCUAUAAUGAACUACGAUGAAAGAACCAUCUGUAGGUGCGGCGCAAAGAAAUACGUGGAUAAAUAUAAAAGGGAACUCGAAAGAAAGUCAAACGCACUGGAGCGUGAUAAGCAGUAUGUGAGAAAACAACUACAGGAAGUUGAACGCCGGGAAAAGCACGUACAGGAGUCAUUUAAACAAAUGGCGAUCCAACAGGAGCAACUGGAUGCAUACAGACUGUACCUCCAGGAAAAACAAAGUAAAAUCACAAGAAUGUACCAAAACUAUGAGCAGUGGCAGUCAGACCUGAUGCAAAAAAUGGACGAGUGCAUAGCACUAGAAAAGGAAUAUAAAAAUAGACUAGCAGAAAAUGAAUCUGUGAUGUACGAGUUAAAGCAGAGAGAAUUGGUAGAGGAGUUGGAGAGGUUUGAAAACAGAAUCCUCCAGGAAAGUGAGAAGAUAAAGUUUUUAAACGGACAGUGUGAAUCAGCAAAGGAGAAGAUUAACCAGGAGCUGAGAAGCCAUAACAAGAGGAUGAGAGAGGAAAACGAGGAACUUGAAUCACGAAAGAGAAGAUUAACGGAACAGGAGGCAAGGCUGCGCGAAGAAAGAGAUAAGCUGGAAAACACAAAAAUGAAGGAGUUUGAGUUGGAUAGGAAGUUGAAGGAGGCAACGGAAAUAGUGGAAAAUAACGCAAGACUGGCAGACGGUUUGAAGCACAAAGAGGACAACCUGAGAAAGGAAAAGGACCAGAUAGUAAGGGAGUGGUCAAAGCUCAACGAAUCAGCAGAUCAGUUAAACAACGAUAGAAACGAGCUGAAGAAUAUUAAAAUGAACCUGGAAUUGAGGUCAAAGCAACUGGAACUAUCAGAGUCGCGCUCAGAAGUUAACGUGAAUGAUCCGAGGUAUAAGAACAUGGAUAGCGAAUUCAACAGAAAGUUCGAAUACUUGAACAACAAGGAGUUGGUGAUAAAAAACAAGGAACUAGAAUUGGAGAGAAUAGAAACGGAACUGAGUAAAAGAAAACUAGAGUUGGAUGAGAAGGAGAAUAGCCUUAAGGUGGCGAAAGUAGACCUGGAUAACAGAGCAAAGGAAAUAGAGAACAGAAACGAAAGAAAUAGAAGGCUUGAGCCGAAGAUUAAUGAAUACAAGGAUAAAAUGGCACUCCUGUCGAUCGAAAGGAACAGCUUGGACGGACAGAUUGAACAGUUUAACGCAAAGAGGAUGAAUGCACAGAGGGAGAUGGACGCAAUCAACCAGAGGCUGUCUCUGCGGGAGAAGCAAAUAAACGAAAAGUACAACCAGCUGAAGGGGAGACAGUCGCAGUCGGACCUGUACAACAGGCUGAGCACAACCGCAAGCACUAGAAGGCCCACACCCUUCAGUAUCGCAGACGAUAGAGCCUUAAAUUGA